CUGGAGUGGCGGCGGCGGCGACGACGCCGAGGGGCGGAGCUCGGCGGUCCUGUCUGCUGAAGUUGUUUCUGCCUGCCUUGCCAAGAGCGGCGAGUUGCCUGAGCGUGCCGUAGCCCGAGCGGCGGCUGCCCGGGCGCUGCAGAGGCUGCUGGCAGGAAGCUCGGCGCGCGGAGAAGACGCAGGCGGGCACGAGCGGUGCUCGAGGGGACCCUGCCAUGGCGCGUCCGCGGCUCCUGCUUCUCGUCCUCUCCCCAAUCCCUGGGCUGUGCCUGGGAGAACGGAGCAGCAGCGCCAUGGAGGAGAUCGCCACGGAGAAAGAAGCGGAGGAGAGCCACCGGCAAGACAGCGUGAGCCUCCUGACGUUUAUUCUCCUCCUCACCCUCACUAUUCUCACCAUCUGGCUUUUCAAGCAUCGCCGGGUCCGCUUCCUCCAUGAGACCGGCCUGGCCAUGAUCUACGGGCUGAUUGUUGGAGUAAUCUUGAGAUAUGGCAUACCUCCUAUCAGUGGUCAUGACAAGCCCUUCAGUUGUUCCCAGGAAGAUCGGGCUUAUGCCACUCUGCUGGUCAACAUCAGUGGGAAGUUUUUCGAAUAUACUUUAAAAGGAGAAAUAAGCCCUGGAAAAAUACACAAUGUGGAACAGAAUGACAUACUGCGAAAAGUAACUUUUGACCCAGAAGUAUUUUUCAACAUCCUUUUGCCUCCCAUUAUUUUCCACGCUGGCUACAGUUUGAAGAAAAGGCACUUUUUCAGAAAUCUUGGAUCAAUUUUAACUUACGCUUUCUUGGGAACUGCAGUCUCUUGUUUCAUUAUUGGGAAUCUCAUGUAUGGUGUGGUAAAACUAAUGAUGCUGGUGGGACAGCUUUCUGAUAAAUUCUACUACACUGAUUGCCUUUUCUUUGGAGCCAUUAUAUCUGCUACUGAUCCAGUCACUGUACUGGCGAUUUUUAAUGAACUUCAUGCUGAUGUUGAUCUAUAUGCACUGCUGUUUGGAGAGAGCGUUCUAAAUGAUGCUGUUGCUAUUGUAUUAUCUUCUUCUAUUGUAGCAUAUCAGCCCACUGGGGAAAAUGCCCAUGCCUUUGAUGCAGCAGCCUUUUUUAAAUCUGUUGGCGUGUUUCUUGGAAUCUUCAGUGGUUCCUUCAUGAUGGGAGUAGCGACUGGAGUUGUGACAGCUCUUGUAACAAAGUUUACCAAACUACACUGCUUUCCCUUGCUGGAGACAGCCCUUUUUUUCCUGAUGUCCUGGAGUACAUUCUUGUUGGCUGAAGCUUGUGGUUUUACAGGGGUGGUAUCUGUUCUUUUCUGUGGUAUCACACAAGCUCAUUACACGUAUAAUAAUCUAUCUGUUGAAUCAAGAAGCCGAACCAAGCAGCUUUUUGAAGUUCUACAUUUCCUGGCUGAGAAUUUCAUAUUUUCUUAUAUGGGCUUAGCUCUGUUUACUUUCCAGAAGCACGUUUUUAGCCCCAUUUUCAUUAUUGGAGCUUUUAUAGCGGUCUUCCUAGGACGAGCUGCACACAUCUAUCCACUCUCUUUCUUCUUGAAUCUGGGAAGAAGGCACAAGAUCACCUGGAAUUUUCAGCACAUGUUGAUGUUUUCAGGUCUCAGAGGAGCCAUGGCAUUUGCUCUUUCCAUACGAGACACUGCAACUUAUGCUCAUCAGAUGAUGUUCUCCACAACCCUACUUAUUGUCUUUUUUACUGUCUGGAUCGUUGGUGGAGGCACAACGCCCAUGCUGUCAUGGCUAAAUAUAAGAGUCGGUGAAUAUAUUCCAUCGGUGGAAGAGAUGAAUGAAAGCCGCUGGCUGUAUUUCAGAGUUGGAGUUGACCCAGAUCAAGACCCUCCACCCAGUAAUGACAGCUUCCAAGUCUUACAAGGAGAUGGUCCAGAUGCUGAACGAAGGAAUCGGACAAAACAGGAAAGUGCAUGGAUCUUCAGGCUCUGGUACAGCUUUGACCACAAAUACCUCAAGCCCAUUUUGACACACAGUGGUCCUCCACUAACAACAACCCUUCCAGGUUGGUGCGGAUUGAUAGCUCGUUGCUUAACUAGCCCCCAGGUUUAUGAGAACCAAGAACAGCUUAGAGAUGAAGACUCCGAUUUUAUCUUGAAUGACAGUGAUCUGACACUGACAUAUGGAGACACAACCAUAACUGCCAAUGGAUCCUCUGGCUCCCACGCUGCCGUUACCAGCCUGGAUGGCAGGAAGGCAAAAAGUAGUUCUGAAGAGGCCCUGGAAAGUGAUCUGGGAACAGAAGCACCUGAGGUGAUGAACAGAGGAACUCGGCUAGUGUUUCCAUUGGAUGCAUGAAGACUGCCCAGCUUAUGGUGCAGUAAUGGAUAGGCCCAGUGCCCAAAGAUCCACAGUAUCUGCAGGCCAGUGUAUCAGUGGAGGUGCUUAGCAAGUAAAUUAAUGUCUCUUGUACAAUGUAAGUUUUUUAAAGUCUCAAGAUGCCCUUGCCCCCCACCCCCAUGUCUUUCUAAAAAAUAAUUUGAGAUGCUGAUGGUCUCUAAACCUGAAGAAUGGAAAAUUGCUAAGCUUGUCAUACUAAAAAAAAUGCAUCCUUGAAAUGAAAAGCAACAUGUCAUAGUCCUCUUAUUCUGUGCACUGCGGGGAUAUUAACUGUCACGGUGGCUAAAAUAAUUCUGAUCCACUGAAGGACUUUUUGUCAGAAGAGAAUUCUUUUGUCACUUUUGUCAGUGACAAAAGAUGCAUUGUUGACUUAUACUUGAAAAAAAAAGUUGGAAGAAAGGAUGUAUAAUUUCCAUAUGAACAUUUUUCUGGACUUGUUGCAAAAAAAGAAAGAAAAAAGUUCCCUCUCAUUUCAAGAACAUUUGUAUUAGUAAAGUUUGGCAUUAAAUUAUUCUGUAUCUGAAAGAGGAAAGGGAAAAAAAGCAAUAUGUAUGUCCAUUGCUCUUUGAACAACUUACUGAGAAUUUCAGUGUGAGUCCUGUGGUUGCAUCACAAGCCAAGCUGUUGCUGUCUAAGAUGUAUGUUCUCUGCCUCAUGCCCUUAAUAUUCUCCAGUAGGCAACUGUAGACAUCUGUAGACAGUAAUGUUCCUCUUCUGCAAAUGUGAAGAAACUAUUGAAUGAGUAUAGUGAAGUUGCAAACUGCUGUACAGCUGCCCAAGAAGUAUUGAUAGAAUCUGUCUCAGGCUAUUGUAAUCUUCCCCAAGCUGGUGUCUUCCAGAUGUGUUGAACUACUGCUCUUAACAUCCCCAUCAGCAUGGCCAAGCUGGAGAUCACCAGUUUGGAUAAGGCUGUUUAUCUGGAUUUAAGUGGUGUCUUUUGUUAAGCAGGAUAAGACUACUGUAAACUGUACCUCCUUCUCUGAUGUUUGCAUCAGAACAAAAGGUGUUUUUUUGUAAUCAGUUAGAAAGACAGUUUUGGUGUAUUUGUUAGUGGCAUAUGGCACUAGGAUCCUGAUGUUUAAAAAUGGUACAGUGCCUUUUAUGUAAUAAAGAGUAUCAUGUUGUGACCUGACUAGGGAGACCUUGUCUAAGGCAGUGUUUCUCAGCCUUGGCAACUUCAAGAUGUGUGGACAUCAACUCCCAGAAUUCCCCACCAAGCUUGCUGGCUAGGGAAUUCUGGAUGUUGAAGUCCACACAUCUUAAAGUUGGCAAGGCUGAGAAACACUGGCCUAAAGUAUAGCAAUGUCGUUCGCAAAUAAAGCAUAUGUAAUUCUAAUUAUAAAUGAGCAUCUGCCCUUCAUGAUGGAAUUUGGCAGUUCUCUACAGCUUCCUUUGUCAGAAGGCUAGCUGUUAAAAAGCAAAUGUAACAAUAAUGUAAUGUUUUGGUUCUAAUGGGUACUAUUUAAAUGGGCUGCCCUGUAAUUUAAAGAUGCUUAGGAAAAUAAAAAUGUGCUUUCCCAUUCUUGUAUUUUUGUUUCCUGUUCUGAAAACAUUUUUUUUUAAUUUGCUAUUUCAUUUUAGUCUGUUUGUGAAAUGAAGCUACCUUUGAACCAACCUAUGUAAUAAAGUCUGUUACUUUCCCGUU